AAUGAUUUUCAAGCCGAUUUCGCUCAUAAUUGCGUUAAUUUUGCCAAUUUUCACACUUGCCGAGUGGAAAAUCACGCUGGAAUAUAGUUUGAACGAAUUCACAAAUAGCUAUCCACUUGGAAGCAUUGAAAUGAGCCGCGCAUUCGACGGAAACUACACGGGAACCUUCAAACCGGCUCAGGAGCAAAAUUUCGGGCAAAAGCUUUUCGAAGCUCAAAAUGGCGUUUAUUCGGUUCGAGCACGGUCGAGCACACAACCCGGACAGAAUUUCCUGACGACUAGCGAUCCGUGCCUCUUUCUCCACUCCAACCUAUUCCACGUCUUCUGGCUGUCAAUUUCUCAAGAAAAACAGCAACUUCACACGCUGACAAUUUUCCCGGAUACAGUCGCCUGGCGUAGUGACACCGAAGACGGAAAAUAUCAUUCCGAGGCGAAAUUGUGCAAAGAUCGUAGUGCAAAUGUGCUCCAAUCGACACAAGGAACACCGAAAGGAGUAUGCCACGUUGUUGGCGAAUCUGUACUUCCGACACCCGAUACGGCGGCUUUUGUACAGAAAAUGGAACGGGAGAAACGCGCGAAACAGCACGGAGCUGAUGCGGAUAAUCGGAGCUUUUUGGCUAAAUAUUGGAUGUACAUUGUUCCAGUGGUCCUUUUCGCCGUCAUUUCGAGUGCAGUCAAUCCAGAAGCCGGAGCCGAAGGCGCUGCUCAAUGAGCCAAUUAAUUUAAAUUUUUUUUGUUAAUUUUGCCCUAAUUAUUGUUGGCUUUACCCUUUUUUCCCCAAAAAAAAAAAAAAAAAAUUUUGCUCCAAAAAAUUCCAAAUUUCAGCUCGAUUUCGGGUCAUUUUGUUGUAAAUUUAAUAAUUUUUCCCAAUUUUUUAUUAGAAAAAUAUAGAUUUUUAAUGCUUU